AUGGAAGAGAUGUCGGGUCUUAUGCGAACGACAUCGAGGUCAGAGAGUGAAAAUCAUUUUUUUGGUCAAGUGUACAAUUCGAAAGCUACUCUUGUUAAGUUCAUGACUCAUUACGAAACUGCAAUAGAAGCACAGCGUCACACGCACCGGAAAAAUGAUCAUGAAUCUCGAUACAAACGACCCCAGUUGAAGAGUAAUUACCAAUUGUUGGAAGGCCAAGCUAUUGACAUAUACACAAAAAGUAUUUUUUGUGACGUUCAAGCUGAGCUAAUUGAAAUUGCGGAUUGCAUAAAUCAACGUUAUGAAGAUCAGCCCGAUGGACAAACAUUCUCUGCAUGCCAUUAUAGAGAUAUUGUUUUUGGCGUUUUUCAGGCUUUUGAGCAAUUUGGUUUGCUAUGUCGACAUAUAUUCUAUGUUUUGAGAAUUAUGGACAUUAAGGAAUUUCCAAAACAAUACAUUUUGAAUAGAUGGCGCAAAGAUGCUUCCCUAAACUGCUCUCCCGAAUACUCAAUUAGUCGUGAAGAUAUUACUGAGCUUGAUCCCGAUGUGCAAAAGGAGUUAUCUUUAUACAAGGAUCAUGUUCAAUCUUAUAUGAAGAAGGUUCAAGAUAUGCAGAUUGUUGCUCCUCCCGCUAGUACUAGGGAUAGAUUUGCCGAGAUAACCGGUCAAUAUAAAACGACAAGAAUCCGAUAA